UUAUUAUUAUUAUUAUUAUUUUCUCAUUUUUAUUAUUAUUUUUUAAUGUUUUACAUCUUCUCAAAUAUCUUAAGGACACGUUUGUCUUGUAAAUUCUAUAUACAUUUAGUGUGGGUUUGUGUGUGUGUGUGUGUGUGUGUGUGUGUGUGUGUGUGUGUGUGUGUGUGUGUGUGUGUGUGUGUGUGUGUGUGUGUGUAAUGGAGUAAGUGUUCAUUUUUUUUUUUAAUGAGAAAUGACAUAGUAGUUGUUGUGGUUUCCUGAAAACCAAAGUGUAUAAAGAGAGACAGUCAGUCAGUGUGUCAGUGUGUGUGUUUCACACUGAGGGACUGGUGUGUGUGUGUGCAGAAGAAUCAGUAAUGAUGAAGUGCUUAUAUCUUUUGUAUGUCGUGUUUCACGUCUCUGCAGGCUGUGAUCUCUCUGCUCAAACUAAAUAUGAAUACAAUGGACACCCUGGUGGUUCAGUUCUGUUACUCUGCUCCUGCUCUGACCUGCACACCAAACAUCACACAUUCACCUGGAUGUCCUACAGAACAGGAGGUCUGAAAGACAUGUUAAAUGAUGAACACUACCGUGGCAGACUUCAGCUGUUUAAUAACACUUCUCCUGGUAAUCUGUCUCUGCUCAUAUCUGACCUGAGAGAAGAGGAUCAGAGAGUCUACAGGUGCAGGACUGAGAAGGAUUACAGAGACAUGAGUAUUUAUGUUAAAGGCUGUGAUCUCUCUGCUCAAACUAAAUAUGAAUACAUUGGACACCCUGGUGGUUCAGUUCUGUUACCCUGCUCCUGCUCUGACCUGCACACCAAACCUCACACAUUCACCUGGAUGUCCUACAUAAGAGGAGGUCUGAAUGACAUGUUAAAUGAUGAACACUACCGUGGCAGAAUUCAGCUGUUUAAUCACAUUUCUCCUGGUAAUCUGUCUCUGCUCAUAUCUGACCUGAGAGAAGAGGAUCAGAGAGACUACAGGUGCAGCACUGAGAAGGAACACAGAAACAUGAGUAUUAAGGUUGAAGGCUGUGAUCUCUCUGCUCAAACUAAAUAUGUUUACAUUGGACACCCUGGUGGUUCAGUUCUGUUACCCUGCUCCUGCUCUGACCUGCACACCAAACCUCACACAUUCACCUGGGAGGCCUACAUAAGAGGAGGUCUGAAAGACAUGUUAAAUGAUGAACACUAUCGUGACAGACUUCAGCUGUUUAAUAACAUUUCUCCUGGUAAUCUGUCUCUGCUCAUAUCUGACCUGAGAGAAGAGGAUCAGAGAGCCUACAGGUGCAGCACUGGAUUAAAGGAAUACAGAGACAUCUGGAUAAAUGUUAAAGGAGGAAGAGAAACUUCAACACGCUCGGGUAAAACAGACAGAAGACCUCCAUCAGAACAGCCUUCAAGUAAAACAACAAACUUUCCACCUGCAUCAUCCUCAACAACACUAGAACAAGGAAGAAGGGAAUCUUCAACACGCUCAGAGACAACAGACAGAAGACCUCCAACAGAACAGCCCCAGAUCACAAAAAUCUCUGCACCUACAUCAUCCUGUACUGUACUGGAACAAACUAAACAACAACCACACAGCAGCCUCCCUUUGGUUCUCAGCAUUGUGGCUGCUUUUCUGUUGGUGAUAGUUGGUGUAAUGGCAUUUAUUUGUUGGAGACGCAAAGGAAGAAGAUGUGGAAAGAACGUGAUAACUGAAGGACAUCCAAAGCAGAAGGAUCAGACUGUUCCUGAUGUUACUUACUCUACUGUAAGCCACAUUCACACAGCCGGAGCAGCUCGGGUCCAGAUCAGUGUGGGAGAGAAAACUGAAUAUGCCAGCAUUGUAACAAAUUAAUCUGCAGUAAAUAUAUAGAAUAAUGCUGAAAUCAUACAAUAGAUUAAAUACAUACCAUGGUAAGCACUGGAUUCACAAUAUUGACUUGGUUUAUUUCCUGUGAUUUGUUUAUAACCAUAAAUAGCAGAUUGUAAUCAUGUGGGUAAUCUUACAAAUCAUGAUUUUAGUGUUUUGUUAUUUUAUAUCUUUUGUGUAGCAUUCUGCAAAAAAAAAAGUUCAUCACUCUGUUUUGUGUAAGACAUGGUGUCCUCUUUUCCAUAAAAACUAGAAAUCUUAGGGUCUGUGGCUUACUUGGUCUUUUUCUGUGUGAACGUGUAUGUUUCUGUGCAUGUGUGUGUAGACACAGGCAUAAAUAUGUCUGUGUGUGGACAAUUCCCUUUCAGGCAGAUUUCAGACAGAUUGAUUUUUACUCCUUGUAGAAGCAUCAUGUGAUCAUGUAAUGUGUUAUGUUACCCGAUUUUAAUUGUCUUUGUCGAUUUAUUGUGUAUUAUCAAGUUCGGGUUUGAAAUUGUUUUCAUUGUCUUUGUUUUCAGGCCUGUUUCUAAGUAUUUGUGUAUUGUUUUGUUUCUGUUGUGUCAUUUUAUAGCUAAAUAAAACAAGAAAGGUUUUUAAUCCUGCACAUGGGUCUGAUUCAUUGUGAUUUCCAUCGUGACUGUGUGUGUCUUUGGGGGGUGGGGUGUCAGGGUUCCUGCAAUGAUUCUUUUUUACCUGACAAACCAUAAACUUAAAAAUAUAAUAUAGAUAUAUCUGGGUUGAUGAAAGACUGUCAGUGACCUCAAACCUGAAAUCAUUUUGACAAUUUUAUGAACCGUAACAAUGUCACAAACCAAACUAGCAUAAAAUGUGGCCUAUUAUGAAACAUCUGUUAAAUGUAACAUCUGUAGCCUGUUUAAAAAAAGACUUAUGUGUAUAUGUAUGUGUGUGUUUCUGUAUGUGUGUGCGAUGAAGUAAAUGAUAGAAUAUGUUUUCAAAACUGAGAAAUGACAUAAUGGUUGUUGUGGUUUCCUGAAAACCAAAGUAUAUAAAGAGAGACACUCAGUUGCAUGUAACUAUUCUAAAUGUAUAAACACUUUGUUCACAUUUUCAAGUCAUAACAGCGUCUUUUAAUAAAAUGCAUUUGUCUUACAGCAAAUAAAAAACAGUAGAACAGCUGAGUUCUACUUCAGCCUUACCAAGGUGUUGUAUA